AAUUAGGGCAUAACCCUUAUCGGAGGAGAUUGAAGCCAUGGGAAGAAGAAAAAUCGAGAUCAAGCGAAUCGAGAACAAAAGCAGUCGACAAGUCACCUUCUCCAAACGACGCAAUGGUCUCAUCGACAAAGCUCGACAACUUUCGAUUCUCUGUGAAUCCUCCGUCGCUGUUGUCGUCAUCUCUGCCUCCGGAAAACUCUACGACUCUUCCUCCGGUGACGACAUUUCCAAGAUCGUUGAUCGUUAUGAAAUACAACAUGCUGAUGAACUCAAAGCCUUAGAUCUUGCAGAAAAACUUCAGAAUUAUCUUCCACACAAGGAGUUACUAGAGACAGUCCAAAGCAAGCUUGAAGAACCAAAUGUCGAUAAUGUAAGUGUAGAUUCUCUAAUUUCUCUGGAGGAACAACUCGCGACUGCUCUGUCCGUAAGUAGGGCUAGGAAGGCAGAACUGAUGAUGGAGUAUGUGAAGUCCCUUAAAGAAAAGGAGAUGUUGCUGAGAGAAGAGAACCAGGUUCUGGCUAGCCAGAUGGGGAAGAAUACGGUGCUGGCAACAGAGGAUGAGAGAGGAAUGUUUCCGGAAAGUAGCUCCGGCAACAAAAUACUGGAGACUCUCUCGCUGCUCAAGUAACCACCAUCAUCAUCAACGGCUUGAGUUUUCCACCUUAAACUCAACGCCUGAUUCAGAAUGAAGAAAACAUAUUUGUAAAUUAUAAAAAGCUGUAUACUCUCAAACCUUUUAUCUUCCUCUAGUGUGGAAUUUAAGGUUAAAAAACUCGAUAAAGUAUGGAUCGUUGU